AUGGAGGAUCAAGAAAAUUCAAAUAUCCAGAUUAGAGCGCCGCAGCAGCAGGUGAAGGGACCAUGGAGUCCUGAAGAAGACGACUUGUUACGGAUGGUUGUGGAAAAACACAGCGCUAGGAAUUGGUCUGUAAUCAGCGAAUCCAUUCCAGGGAGAUCAGGCAAGUCUUGUCGGUUGCGAUGGUGCAAUCAGCUGUCUCCCGAUGUCGAGCACCGUUCCUUUACCAAGGAAGAAGACGAUAUCAUCUUGAAAGCUCACGGCCGUGUUGGAAACAAGUGGGCUACCAUCUCCAGACUUCUCAAAGGACGUACUGAUAACUCUAUUAAGAAUCACUGGAAUUCGACUCUUAAAAGGAAGUACUCCCCUCUUCUUCUUCUUCCUCCAGAAAAUGAAGAAUAUCGUCGAACUAAAAGGCUGCAGGAGACUACGAGGACGACUGCAGCGAUUAAAUCGAAUUUUUCUGAAACUAGUACUUCAGGAUCGGAUAUUAGCGAUUCUGGAGGAGUAGUAAUACCCAUUUUGCCUCUGAUGAACGAUUCCAUAAUAUUCUCGCCUCCUUCACUGAUCAAAUCAGAAUUACAUGAAAAUGUAAUUACAGCUUUUGAUCCUUCAACAACUCUUACUCUUUCACUCCCUGGAACUGGAAUUGACUCAAAUUGUAAUAGUAAUAAACAGAUUGAGAUAGGUACUGCUGAGAAGAAGCAAGAUUUUGAUUCUACUGUUCAAGUGAAGCCUUUGGAAUUGAGCGAUGAAUCGCUUCAAGUGAUACAAGAGAUUAUUAAGAAGGAAGUGAAUUCUUACAUGUCAGGUUUGAAAUGA